GGCCAAAGUACCCUCAUUUUUUGUGACUGCUCACCGAUGGAAGUCGCAUGUACUCAGUAUUGCGCCAGACGAAGACGUGCUGGACAACCGUAUCGUUAGUAUCCGCUCUCACACAUGUGGGGAGCUUCGGUUACGGCAUGUGUCGGAAACUGUGAGCUUGUGCGGUUGGAUUCACCGAAUUAGGCUCUCGAAAUUCUUGAUUCUGCGGGACAAGUAUGGUCUUGUGCAAGUUUUUCUCGGUCCGGAUGUAGCGAAAGACCCAUUCCCCCCUGUGGAAACUGUAGUCCGAGUGGUAGGAACUGUAGCGGCAAGGCCGAGUAAAGACAUGAAUAAGGAUCUUCCAACCGGCCAGGUCGAGGUGCUUGCAACUAGGAUUGAUGUUCUCAAUCUAGCAGCACCAAACCUUCCAUUUGGCUUUAACGAUGAGAAUGUCAACGAAUACCUGCGUCUUUCACAUCGAUAUUUAGACUUGCGUUCCGCCGUCCUGCAAAGGAACUUGAAGUUCCGUUCUGAUAUGCUCUUGAGGACUCGCCAGUUCCUUUGCCAUUCAUGUGGUUUUGUUGAGGUGGAAACACCUUACCUCUUCAGGAGAACACCUGGGGGUGCAAGGGAGUUCAUUGCUCCCACUGCCUUCCCGGGCUUAUUUUAUAGUUUACCACAAAGCCCUCAACAAUUUAAGCAGCUUCUUAUGGUUGGUGGUGUUGACCGUUAUAUGCAAAUCGCGCGCUGUUUCCGCGAUGAACCUUCAAGAGCCGACAGGCAACCGGAAUUCACGCAAUUGGACUUAGAAUUGUCCUUUUGUUCAGCAGAUGAUGUACUUACUCUGAUAGAAAAGCUUCUCCGUUAUCUCUGGCCACUUGUGGAAGAGGCUUCCAACACACUGCCUUUGCAAACGCCCUUCCCCAGAAUCAGUUACCGUGAUGCUUUGUCGUAUUACGGAACCGACAAACCUGACAGUCGCUUCGAUUUCACAUUCUGCUCACCUACACCUGAUGGCACGAUAGGGUUCCGAACACGGGGGAUCCGCGUUUCCGCUCUGGACAGUGGUGAUUGGGCGAACAUUGUACGCGAUGUGAUGUCUAUCACCGGUGUGCGCGUGUCGUACUUCGAGGUAUCUCCCGGUUGCGGUGAUCACUUGACACUUGUUGAAUCCCUGAAAGCCGAUCCGGGUGAAACGAUCGUGUUCGUCCAAGGAAGCAGUGAAAAGGAGCUGAAAGCUCUCGGAUUGGCACGUACACAUUUGGCCGCUGCACUGGAUUCAAAAGGUGUGCCGAUAUACCAGCCUGGAUUCCAUUUCUUGUGGGUUUAUGAUUUUCCACUAUUCGAACGAACAGAAACAGGGACUUGGGAGUCAGUUCAUCAUCCGUUCACUGCACCCACAUCGGAGACUCUGGACUUCAUUUAUACGGAUCCCGGUAAAGUGGUCGGGCAGCAUUAUGAUCUGGUAUGCAACGGCCAAGAGAUAGGCGGUGGUUCUAUCCGUAUCCAUGACGGGUCUUUGCAAGAAUACGUGUUAUCGACGAUUCUCAGGGAAGAUACAAAAUUCAUGGAUUACUUCAUCAAGGCUUUAAAGUCCGGAGCUCCACCCCACGGAGGCAUUGCUCUAGGUAACUCACUCAUCGUGUCUUUCAUUAACCUCUCUUUCAGGUUUAGAUCGACUGUUUGCGAUACUUCUAAACACCAAAACAAUACGAGACGUCAUCGCAUUUCCGAAAGUUGCUG